CUUUCCUUCACGUAGGGGGCGCCACGUGAUUUCCGGUGGCGGUAGCGCCGAGCGAGUGCCUCGCUUCGUCGCGAAGUUUCUAGAGAUUCAUUCAGCAGCUGAGGAACAACCCGCGUGAGCGGAUUUUUUCCGACUCGCUGGUGAGUGCCUGGAGACCUAUAAAGUCACCAAUACAGCGAGAACAACCUCGAGUAUCUUGGAGCUCAGCAUCCCUGCCGAACAGCGAUGGCGAAAUGGGGCGAAGGUGACCCACGCUGGAUCGUAGAAGAGCGGCCCGACGCGACCAACGUUAACAACUGGCACUGGACGGAAAAAAAUGCGUCGCAGUGGUCCAAAGACAAGCUGACGGAACUGCUGACCAACUUGGAGGUCAAGGAUGGGCGAGGGUCGUGCAAGGUGGUUGAAAUGUCCAAAUGCGACGGAGAAGCAGUGGCCAACAACCGAAAGGCGAAGCUCAUCUUUUUCUACGAAUGGGCCAUCGAGCUCAAGUGGGAAGGGGAGACGGACGACAGCGACGAGACAGUCGAAGGCAAGGUGGAGAUACCCAACCUCAGCGAAGAACACGACCCCACUGACGUCGACAUCACCGUGACAGUGACUACCAAGGGUGAUGCUGCUGAGCGGCUGAAGGAGCUGAUGAGGACAAAAGGCGAAAAGCUUAUCAGGGACCAGUUGGAGACCUACAUCUCCAGCCUCAAGAAAGAGUUCUCACAGGGCAUGAUCCUGCCGACCAAGACGGACUCCAUCAACCAGACCAAGUCCACGGGAAAAUCCACCCUCAACUACAAGCAGCAGCCGUCCAAUGGCAUGCCCGCGGUCAACAAGACGGAGUGCGGCGACGCCCUGGACACCACCACCCUGACCCACGAGGAGACGUUCAAGUGCACCGCUCAGGAGCUGUACAGGGCCCUGACUGUGAAGGAGAUGGUGCAAGCGUUCAGCCAAGGCCCCUGCGUCCUAGAGCCGACCAAGGGCGGUCGGUUCGAGCUGUACGGCGGCAACGUCACCGGCACCUUCACAGACCUGGUUCCGGAUGAGCUGAUCAGCAUGCGCUGGCGCUUCAGCAGCUGGCCCCAAGGCCACUUUUCGGCGGUGAGGCUGGUGCUGGUACAAAAGGAAGACUGCACGCAGCUCUCGCUUGUCCAGGAGCACGUACCCAAGGCAGAGGCCGACCGCACGCGCGACGGCUGGCAACGGCACUACUGGGACAGCCUCAAGCGCACCUUCGGCUUCGGCGCCAUCCUCUUCUGAGCAGACGGCCCAGGGGCACGGCCGUGCGGCAAGUCUGUCGCAUGGUCUCAUGCGCCGGCACUAAGCAUUGCUCCUGUCUCAACGGCGCGAGAGGACGGAAAAGGACGAGCCAGCGUCCCACGGCGAUCGCCAGUCGGGGCACCCACCAUACUCCCGCGUCGCACACUCAAACGCCCUCCGUUCUCCGUUUCACUUCACGACGACCCGCGGCAGAAACUACGGGCCGUUCCAGCCAGCCCAUUGUCGUUAACGUAUUGCGUCGCGCGACUUCACAUCCCGUGAGAUUGAAUUGGCUUCAGUGCGGGGCGCAAGUCCGUCCGCUUCUUUUGCAGUGUGUGUCGACGUCAGAACGCCGAGCUCCAUUUGGCUUUGAUUGAAGGAUAGUGAAUACACCUCGAGGCAGCAUGCUUCAAGGUCUACCCACUAUCCUUCCAGACACAGCCGAUCGGAGCUCUGCUUUCCGACGUCUCCGCAAACCCCGCGCAAGAAGCAGACAAACUUGCGCUCCGCAUUGCUAGUCCGCCGCGGCGUGGUGUAAGGUGAAACGAAGUGUGGCGAAACGCCGCCAGAGCAGCUGCUUCGCACAAGCAUUUGGAACGCACACUACGGGUUUGAAAAGCCCGAGACGCUCGUACCAUCGGCUCGGCAGACGUUUGACGGAUCGGCGUUCGAGUUGUGCACGCAAUCGGGGCUACGUCAUCGUACGGAGGCUGUGCUUGGGUACGGAUUAUUUUCCCACGGUUUCCAUCUUGGAAAGAGGCAGGUUGGCGGGGUCGGGAAGUGUCGAGUCACGAGCUUUUAUAUCGACGCUGGUUUUCACGCGUGGGAGCACAAAGGCCUAUUCGAAGCUUGUCAAACUUUUUUUCUUCUCAAAUCAAUACACGAGAGCCAGUUAUCUUUCUCUUUUUUUUUUUAUUUAUUGCAUCGGCGAUUGACAAAUCAAUGUUACAUACAAACUUUUAAACUUAAGCAUUGGAAAAAGUGGCAAAAAGACGCCCCUGCCGUGCGGUGUAAACAAGAGAUUUGCACCAUGUCCUUUGCUUCCUUUGUUUUUUUUUUUCUACUGUACAUGCUUCAGAAGUGUAAUUAAAUGUUACGAAUAUGGAUACAACCUGUCUACAUUUUUUUCUCUUGUUUCCUUGACAAAGAUUUCCGGUGGUUCUAUAGCAGUUUAUUGGAGAAAACUGAGUCCAGCAUCUGCUCUCUCCCCCCAUGCUUUACCUGAAAACUUUUCUGUCAAACUGUGGCCAUACGUUGGUUUGAUUAAAAUUCAACAGAAGCACGCCAAUAAAAGACUGCCACUAAAUAGUGAAAGUGUGUACAGUCACAUCUCUUCAAUAUGGACCCCAUUAAUAUAUGGGCAUUCCACUUGUAGACGGUAGUUUUGGGGACCGAUCCAUCUUCACAGUUCUGCCUUGUUAAUACAGAAACCUGCAGUACAGAGUGGAGACGGCUAGUUUUGGAACGAACUGGGUGAAUACACACACUUUUGUCUCGUUUUUAUGUACAGAAGCUUUCUGGACACUGUCCACAAACACAAGGAAAAAAUUUAUAGCAAACUGCUAGGCAAUUACGUUGCAUACGUGAAAUGUUCUAGCAUCGCAAACGUUUGGCGAUAGUCAGAGUUUCCAUACGCUAGUUGCCUAAGUUCAUGGCACUCUUCAUCGGGUAGUUUUAACGCGUACCGUGUGUACAUUUAGUGAUUGUUCCUAGAAUGAAGCGAUACUACUGCUAAUCGAGCCGAUAAACCUGGCAAUCUUCCAGAGCCUUCCAUACUCUCAAACUCCUCUCCCUUGGUGUGCAAAGGUUGCCUUUGCACCUACUCCUCUAGUCACUCGACCUCCCUGUUAACCAAUCAGCACCAAGCUUGGAGUUCCUCCUCUCCCACUCUUCAACCAACCAGUGUCGAGCCUCGCAGCCACACUUUUAUCUGGGCUUCAUGAAAUGACGAACACUUAGCCAAAGAAUGUUUCAGAUUAAAAAAGGUUAGUGAAGACCUUGGGUAACAAAGUGUACACGGAGCUUCACUUUUGCUUUGCCCUACAAAGAGAUAAGACCUGAGCACCAAACAGUGGUUAAAUUUUUGGGGGGCGCUUUCCAGCCAAAUAGGUUACUUGUCGUUCUCUCCUUACAUGUGCCAUGGCUGGAGGUGAGGAACCUGGAUAUUAUUAAAGUUCAUUACACUCAGACAUUUGUUCAAACACAUUACAUGAGAAAAGGGGAGGGGGAGAAAAAAAAUCAAAAGCACUGAAUACAUUGGCAACAAAACAAGUUUAAACAGCAAACUUAAAACACUAUACAGGAUUACAACACUCAUUAUUUGUUAGUUUCAGUGGCUAUAUCGUUAUGGAGGCAGUUCCAGUUUUUAGUAUAGAUAAUGCAAAAGAAGUGUAUUUGAAUCUAUUGGUGCAACCAAACAGAAGUGCAAUUUUUAAGGAGUGAUCAUGGCGCAAAGAAAUGUAUGCAGCAGGCUUGCAGUGGGUGAGCAUGAACGAUGGCAUGUUUUAAUAAAACUUGUGAAAAAGAGUGA